AUAUUUCGGAACUGUUUGAAAUUAGACUCCGACUCGGAUACUUCAGGUAUGUGCAUACUAUAAACUGAAAAACUAACAAAGGUGUUAAAGCUAGCGGACGUUGUGUUCCGGUUGCGGCGACACGGCUAGCCAGUGUACGACCGUAAAAGGCAUGAGGGAGAAGGAGCGCAGGGAAAUGCCCCCACACCUGAGACAGACCUCUGUGACGGAAGCCCCUCAGAGAAGCAGGCAGUGACCAGCUUUGAAGAUGAGUUCCAGAUUUUCAGGUGAACUGGAGGAGGAGGAAGAAGAAGAAGAAGAAGAGGAAGAAGCGAGUGUCAACCCGACAGAGGUGAAAAUGAGUCAGAUAGUGAUGCCUUGUCACAGCAACCACCGCCAGGAGCUUGAUGUGGGGCAGCUCCUCAAAUGGAUAGACUGCACCGCCUGCCUGUCUGCUGAAAGGCAUGCGGGAAGUCCUUGCGUCACUGCUUCGAUGGAUGACAUCCAUUUUGAACACACCAUCAGCGUGGGUCAAGUGGUGAACAUCAGAGCAAAGGUCAACAGAGCCUUUAAUAGUAGUAUGGAGGUGGGCAUUCAGGUGAGCUGUGAGGAUCUGUUCUCUGAUCGCCACUGGAGGGUUUGUCAUGCCUAUGCCACCUUUGUAACCCAUCGCACAAACACAGGACAAAAGGUGACCUUGAAGCCCAUUGUUCCUCAGACUCAGAAAGAGCAGGUUGAAUACAGCGUGGCAGCUGAGAGGAGGAGGGUUCGCAUGGUGCAUGAUGACAUCAUCAAAGAGCUGCUCUCCAUGGGGUCUAUCCAGCAGGCUGACAGCUCAGCAGUGUGCAAUGCAGUGGCAGCAGAGAAGACUAAGGUGGAGAGUGUUGAACUGGUUCUACCUCCACAUGCAAACCAUCAGGUGAAUACUUUUGGAGGGCAGAUCAUGGCCUGGAUGGUGAAUGUAGCUACAAUUGCUGCAAGUCGUCUCUGCCAGGCACAUCCAACUCUCCGGACCAUAGACAUGUUCACUUUCAGAGGACCUUCUCAGGUUGGAGACAGACUGGUGCUGAGGGCUAUAGUCAACAACGCUUUCAAAAACAGCAUUGAGGUGGGGGUGCGUGCAGAGGCACACCAGGAGGAGGGGCCUAACCGACACAUAAACUCUGCCUUCAUGACCUUUGAGGUGCUGGAUGAUCUUGGGAAGCCAUGCACAUUACCACGGAUACGACCUGAACCUCUGGAAGGUGAAAGGAGGUUCCAGGAGGCCAUAGCCAGGAAAAAGAUCAGACUGGACAGGAAGUACAUAAUCUCCCGCAAGCAGAGUGAGGUCCCUCUGUCUGUACCUUGGGACCCCACAAACCAGGUGUAUCUGAGCUAUAAUAAUGUGUCAGCUCUGAAGAUGCUGGCCGCUCGAAACAACUGGCGUCUCAGCUCUGAGAAAGACAAGGUUCGUCUUUACACACUGGAGCAGAAGUCCAUGUUGAGUUUCAGGGUGGAAUUUGAGGUGGAAGUUCCUGCUCACAGAGCCUUUUGUUUGCUCGCUGAGCUAAGCAACAGACCCAAAUGGGACACACAUUACAAACAAUGUGAGCUGAUUCACCGGGUGGAUGACGAUGACUUUCUGUAUCGCGUGGUGGCUCCAUCAGUGCAUCACAGCUCUGUGGGAUCCCCGACGUCAGCUAAGCAGGCGGAAGGAAUUCUCCAGGAUUUCAUCUUGUUGGCCUCCAAAAGGAAGCCAUGUGGCAGCGGAGAUCCAUAUGUCGUUGCUCUUCGUUCAGUAACCCUGCCAACUUACCCCCCUACUGAAGAGUAUAACAGAGGAGAAGUACUCUGUGCUGGGAUGACCAUACUAGAGACCAAAGUCAACAAGUCACUGAUUUGUUACUACAACCAGGCCUCUCCAGAGGUGCUUCCAUACAUCUCCACAGAUAUUGCAGGCCUCUCCUCCUCCUUCUACAACAUCUUUUGCUCCUGUAGCGAGUACUUGACAAGGAACGCACUUCAGUCCACUUCGAUGGAGCAAACCGACCAACACCAGAUGACAAAAACCCACAGUCCCACCAGUCUAUCAGAGGCCCUCCACAGCGCCCAUCUGUAGACAUCCAGUGGUACUUGUCCAGGCCAGUUUAUGUCACAGCGUAGUGACAAUCAUCUGCUGUUCAUACAAUACGGUACAAAAUAACUGUCUCAAGCGUUUUUUUAAAGUGUUAACAAACACAUAAACAACCCAACAUGGAAUGCUCAGACUACUGUUCAACCAAAAAAAAAGUGUGGGAAUUUUAGAAAAUGUAACCAUGGCUUUGACUAGGAGAUGGCUUCCAUUAGCAUUUGGGUUUUGAUUAAAAACAGGUGGUUUAUUAAUGGUACUUCAAUAAACUAUUUUUAAAAACAUA